CUCCAAACUUCCCUUCAAGUUUGAGAAACACCUCUGUGACGCACGAGGAGCCACCCUGAGAGAGGGACGCGAGCCUUUAACCCCAUCCCGCUGGAGACAGGGAAUCUACGAACAUACUAUCAGAGCUUUUCCUCUGACUUCAAAGGUGAUGUUUGAGGAAGAGGCGAUGCACGAGGAGUCCAGCUCCCCGGAGUCUCCAGUGGACAGUCUGGGGAACAGUGAGGAGGAGCUCGACAGGCGACAACAGAAGCGCUGCAGCAGGAAAAGACGCCCGAGCAGGAAGAACGGCGAGGAUUCUGACAGCCCCACGCCCGGGAAGAGAAGCAAAAAGUGCAGCAACAGCAGCGGCGGCAGCCCGCAGUCUCUGGAGGACCUGCAGACGCAGCGCGUCAUGGCGAACGUGCGCGAGCGUCAGAGGACUCAGUCUCUGAACGAGGCGUUCGCGUCCCUGCGCAAAAUCAUCCCCACGUUACCCUCGGACAAACUCAGCAAGAUACAGACUCUCAAACUGGCCGCCCGGUACAUUGAUUUCCUCUGUCAGGUUCUGCAGAGCGACGAGCUGGACUCCAAAAUGUCCAGCUGCAGUUAUGUGGCGCACGAGAGACUCAGUUACGCGUUUUCUGUAUGGAGAAUGGAGGGCGCGUGGUCCAUGUCAACAUCACACUAACGCAUGGAUGCGCGCUUUUGACGCAGCAUGAUUUUCGGCCAUAAGCAUCGAGUCAGAGCAGCUGAACUCACUGGAAGGACCGACACUAAACAACGGCGAAAAUAAGGAUUAUAAAGGGAAAAUUCCGGAGCAUCAUGACGUCGUUGCAAGCACUUACAGUUGUGAACUACGACAUGGGACCAGGAAUUACACUCAGAUCUGGGCUGUUGUGACUGUGAAUGUGGAAAACAUGUGCUUCUGUCGACCAACAGAGACUCGCUGCAGUUCUGACAGCAGAAGAGAGCGUGCCGUCAUAUUUAUUUCUGAAGGAAAAACAGAACGAAUGAAGGAAAUCGGCUCAACACUUUCUUUGACUGGUCCUAGAAAAGACAUUUAUUUAUUUAUUAAUGAUUGUCAGAAUGCAGAGAGAUCUGGUGUCUACAUGCAUUUUCUAUUUUAAAUACGAUGUAAAUAUGUAUAUUUUCUGCAAUAAAACAUGGUUUGAAACGUA